AUGUUUAGUUUAUAGUAAAAAAUAGAUAUCAUUUAUUUCAUAUGCUGGAAAUAAACGAACUAAACUGAAUGGAUUUCUUCGUAACCUUAUUAAUAACAUACAGAUUUUGUUUUUUGUAUUAUAUUGAAUUCAAAUGAGGAUUUACUAUUUUCUGGAAGUGAUGACAAGUCAAUUAAAGUUUGGAAGGUUGAUUUAAAUCAAAAUAAAUUAACAUUUCUGUAUUCUUUGGAUAAACAUAAUAAUGAUAUUUUGUCUUUAAGUUUAAAUUAAUCAGAAAAUUAACUAGUAUCAUGUGCAUAAGAUUAGAACUAAAUAAUUAUUUGGGAAAGAAGAGAAAAAGAUAAAUAUGAAUUCAAAUAUUUUGUUAAAUAAUCAAUUUAAGACUAUGGGUUGAAAGUUAAGUUUAUUAAAGAGAAUUCAUUUAUUUGGAUAACUGGUCAGAAAUAAAGAGACAGGCUUUAUGUAUUUGAAUUAAAACAAGGAGUCUAUUAAGAAAAUUAGGAUAAGACAAUUCAAUUAAUUAUAAAUAAUCAAAGUUGGGACGAAUAUCGAUUUCCAAUUAUUUAUAAUAAGGAGAGGAAUCUAAUAUUAGUAAGACAUAAGAAAUAUAUAUAUAUAAUUAGACAAAUUAAUGAUGGGAAUUACAAAAUAGAAGAUUAAUUGAAUUGUGAUACUAACUAAAUUUUUGGAAAUAUCACAAAUAAUGGACAAUAUUUAGUGUAUUGGGAUGACUAAAAUAAAGGAUAUUCAACAUAUGAAUUGUUAAAUAAAUGA